CCGAGUGUUCGAUUCGGUCCCAUCUUUGUCCCUGUUCCCCCUCACUUUUCCCCUUCCCCUCGUCUCCCCUCGACACGGACAAUCUGUUCUCAUCUCCGGGAAUACUGCUGAACAACAGCUGUAACCCCCAAUUGAGAAUAUUUGCUUAACUUUUUUCAGACUUGCGAGGAGAGAUACCGACGCGAAAGGCGCGACCAUUCGCCCCGCAGAAAGUAUCAGAAAGCCUCUUUUGACUCCGACCGUUUUCCCAGUAUCCCGAGCUUUGUUGCGGAUAUCCGUUACCUUGAGCCUCCCCUAAGGCACUCAUACCAUCUCACCCGUCGCCUCCACCCCGCGACCCACCCCCGACCUUGCACCUAGAGACCCUAGCAUCGCACGUUGUCAGGCACCAUGUCACAAGCGCAGAUCGACAUACAGGAGCGCAUCGCAGCAGCGAGGCGAGAGGCAGAGACGUUAAAGGAGAAGAUCAGGUUGAAAAAGGAGCAGACAGGCGAUACCAGUUUACGCGCGAUGGCAUCCGACGUUGAGCCCCUGCCACGUGUAUCAAUGCGCCAAAGACGCUCUCUCAAGGGUCAUUUGGCAAAGAUCUACGCGAUGCACUGGGCACAGGAUAAACGGCACCUCGUUUCUGCCUCCCAGGACGGUAAGCUGAUCGUCUGGGACGCGUACACAACCAACAAGGUCCACGCCAUCCCCCUCCGAUCAAGCUGGGUCAUGACCUGCGCGUACUCCCCGAGCGGCAACUUCGUCGCCUGUGGUGGUCUUGAUAACAUUUGUUCGAUAUAUAACUUAAGGCAAAGGCCCGAUACAAACGGGAAAUCCAACGUCAAGGAACUCUCGGCACACACGGGUUACCUAUCCUGCUGUCGCUUUAUCGACGACCGCAAGAUCGUCACCAGCUCCGGUGACAUGACCUGCAUGUUGUGGGAUAUCGAGGCUGGAACAAGGAUUCAAGAGUUCAGCGAUCACACCGGGGACGUCAUGAGCUUGUCUCUAGGCCCCCAUCCCGGUAUCUUCGUUUCCGGCGCUUGCGACGCCUCCGCCAAGGUUUGGGAUAUGCGGACAGGCAAGGCCGUGCAGACGUUCACUGGUCACGAGUCGGACAUCAACGCCGUCCAGUUCUUCCCCAACGGCGACGCAUUCGCCACCGGCUCUGAUGACGCGUCGUGCCGUCUGUUCGACAUGCGUGCCGAUCGCGAGUUGAUCGCCUACACGCACGACAACAUUCUAUGUGGUAUUACCUCCGUUGCGUUCUCUUACUCUGGUCGGCUGCUGUUUGGUGGCUACGACGACUGGCAGUGUAACGUCUGGGAUACGCUCAAGGGCGAGCGUAUCGGUGUCCUCUCCGGUCAUGAAAACCGUGUCAGCUGCCUCGGUGUGAGCAGCGAUGGUAUGGCCCUUUGCACUGGGUCUUGGGAUAGCACCCUCAAGGUCUGGGCAUGAUCGACCUUAUUUCUCCCCAUCUCGCCGUCAAAUACCCUGCGAGAUACCUGGGUUACCCCUUCGUUCAUGCGCCCCUUCAACAUUGGAGGACAAGCCAUUCGUCAUCUAUAUCCCACUCUUUGCUUUCAUCCGGUCCGUCGCGCUGUCCGUAUCCAUCAAGUCGUUUUCAUUCCACCUUGCUUUUCUUCUCCUGUCGAUCUGACCCCCCCAGCAAAAGGGCGAGCUCCCUCCCCCUCUAUCAGGAAGGACAUACAUGGGUACAAGUGGACGAGAAUGUCGAAGCAACCGUAGCAUAUCCACUCCUUUUUCUCCCUCUCACAGCUUGGUUUUCCUUCCCAUUCCUUGUACCUAUCUGUUUUAUCCUGCUAUUCCGUCUGUCCCUCGUUGACACGCAUGCUUCCCUCUCUUGAGCCUGCCCCCUUCUCUCCUUUCCCGUAUCUACGAUCC